AUGGUCCUCCGAGCGCAUGGCGCGACAUAUUGCAUAGCGCAGUCGGCGUCGGAGCUCCGACCCCGCGAUCGCGACGCUGAUGCUGGCCCUACGCGUCGUGCCUGCAUCAACCUCUGUUUGCACCACCACCAUCACUUACCUGCAGGAAAGUGCAUCACGAUGAAGCAGUCAUUCAUCAGGUACGCCGGCAGACAGUCAGCCAACACGCCAGCUCCACCGCAUUUGACCGCGCAAGCCAACCUCCCAGCCUUCGACGGCACAUUCCGGCUCGACAACACAAAGCGCACGAAGAAAAUGUUCGCUGCGAUGGCCCCGAAACCAUGCGACGGCGAGGUGGGGGAUGUCCGCCUGCACGCAACCGCGAAUGACGGACUUUGGCGGCCAGACGAUCGGGAUGCGAACAGCUGGCCAUGCGAACUCCCAUGCGCGCCGCCAUUCGUACAGCUAUGCGAACGACUUGCGCUGCGAACUUCAUGCGAACUCGUUACGCAAACUGCCGUGCGGCGAACAUGUCGCUGCACUAUCACGCAGCUUCUUCAGAUCCACAUCCACUCUCUGCAGCUACCGUACAUGGAACUUGGCGCUGACAACUUCACUGCGAUCACCCGUGAAACAUUCAAGAUUACCACCACUCGUACUGAGCUCAUCCACGUCUGCCAUCCGCCACCAAUGUCGUCUCCGCUGCUCCUCCACUGCACCGCGAUCAGCUUGACUAUGCUCGCUGCCGACACGAAGCUGCUUUCAAAGCAUACCAUGCGCUGCCAACGUAGCGAAUUUGUCUCAGAACUGCGUGCGCGACAUCCGAUCCAGCAUCGCCGUCCAUGCAGUCGCUUUCCCCUGCGCGGAGGCCGAAACUCGCUUCUCCUCUUCAGACUAUUGCUUUUGUCUUGCUUCUCCUCUGCUUAUUGCCCGUGUCUCACGCCAUAUAAGACCUGGUCUCAAAGCACGCAACUCAACCCUACCAAGUCCAAGAGAUCCGAAAGAUGGAUAACAAGACACGAGCUGAGCACUACUGCCGCAUCUUUGGCCUGCCUGUCAAAGUCUAUCGCAAGGCGAGCGAGCCAACCUGUAGCAGGCUGCAGAGCACACACAACACUGGUAACUCUUCCGAGCAUUGAUUGUUCAUCGUCCGGGCUGGAAGGUCGUGGUGCGCCACUGCGACAGCAUUCAUCAACGAAGUCAAGAAACAGAUUCGUGACCUUGGCAGGAUUAUUCGAACAAAAGCAGAAGGAAUUUGAUCACCACAUUGAAUCAAUCGUGAUCCCCGACCUUCUGGCGUUCGAGAAUUCCAACAUGCCAAAUGGUCGUUCCGCUGCGACCAACCAGCAGCCAGACACAGCACCCUCGGCGCCUCCAUCACUUGCGAUGGCCAGCUUGCAGUCGAUGGCCGGAGCGAACGUGCAGCCUUUCCGACCAGUGCCAUUGACACCAGUCGUCCCGGAGUGGCAGGCAAUGGGAGGAGGCAAUUACGGAAUGCUUGCCAAUCAAGCUCACGGCUUCAGACACUACGGCAGUUAUGGCGACGCAUCCGCAAGCUACGGUGGCAUGGAAGUUCCUGUGCAACCUGAUCCAUUGUCGUCAAUGCCUACGAGAAUCUCGACCUCAUCUUCCAACACCGCUCUGCAGGCUUUCCCUCCAGCAUGGCAUCCGACGUCGACCAGUGGCUCAAGCUCAUCAUCAACCUGGAACGCCCAACGUUUCCCGUCCUUCAUGCCAGAGCUCCGAGCCCCGUCCUUCGUCGCGCCUACAAACAUCUCAGGCUCAGGCUCCGUAUCACACCUCACUGCGCAGCCUGUCUACCCAUGGCUUGACACUGAUCUCCUCGCAUCCACGCCCUCUGGCGGUCCACGAGUGAACGGCAACCUCAACGUCGCCAAUCACAACAUCGCCAAUCACAACAUCGCCAAUCACAACAUCGCCCAUCACAACAUCGCCAAUCACGAUAUCGCCAUCCACGACGUCGCGAAUCAGAACAUCGCCAUCCACGACGUCGCGAAUCAGAACAUCGCCAAUCACAACAUCGCCAAUCACAACAUCACCAAUCACGAAAUUGCCAACCACGACGUCGCCAAUCACGACAUCGCCCAUCAGAACGUCGCCCAUUACAACAUCGCCCAUUACGACAUUGCCAAUCACAAUCCGAGUGCAUGCCUCCCUCCGCAGCCUGUGCAGCCAUGGCUCGGCACUGAUCUCCUCGCAUCCACAUCCUAUGGCAGUCCACAAGUCAAUGGCAACAUCAACAUCGUUAACGACAAAUCUACCCUGGGUAUGAGUACCACCAGCAUUGAUCAAGGCAUGUUCGCUCCUGAUCCAACUCCGACUGAGCCAAUGCAGACGCCUGGUACCAAGAACAUCGUCACUGAACUCACCAACGACAUCUGGGCAUCUGUCACGCACCGACACCGAAGAAUUCCACGACAAAUGGUGGACGUCAGUAACGUCGAUGCCAACUCGUCGGGCUGGUUCAUUGAGCAUUUUCUGGAGCGCAUAGGCAUGGAGUCGGGAGGAAAAAAGGAAAAGGAACCCCUAUACGAAACCAGGAUGGAAAGCCCUGUUGUGUUUUCUUCUCGGAAUAAGUCGCGCGACGAUAGAGUCCUUGGGCUUGAAGACAGGAUGAGUAUCGGCGUUUUCUAUAGUCAACGUGAGUGCGGACGCUGGAGACUCGCGGCCGGUGCUUUUGAUUCACGUAUCUCUCACUCGUCGACCUGCUUAAAAGCUUCAGUGCGACAUCUGCCUCGCGGCGAUGGUACUUUCGCUUUACAAUACCGCAAGUCCUAG